AUGACUCAAGCAUCUACCAAGGUUCAGCAGCUCAUUGACAACAACUCUGUUGUUGUCUUCUCCAAGUCGUACUGCCCUUACUGCAAGCAGACUAAGAAGACUCUGGAUGAGCUCAACGCCGAGUACGAGCUCCUCGAGCUUGACGAAGUUUCCGACGGUUCUGCCCUCCAGGACGCUCUUGAGCAAAUCUCUGGCCAGCGCACCGUUCCCAAUGUCUACAUCAAGCAGCAGCACAUUGGCGGCAACUCUGACGUUCAGAGCUUAAAGUCUGGUGGAAAGCUUGCUUCUCUGCUCAAGGAGGCCGGUGCCCUGAAGGCGUAA